AUGCAAGCUUCGAACACCCCAGGGGAGACCGCAUCUCAAUUGAACCAGCCGGAGGGGGAGACGCCCAAGUUGACUACCGAUGUUGCGAACAUUCAAAAUCCAGACGCUGCAACAGGUCGGAGGAAAAGCAGCACUGCGUCCAUGGCGAGGGGUCAAGUGCGACGUCCGUCCAUCCGCAAGAGCCCUUCCCACCGGGGAGCAAGGCGAAUAUUACGCCGCUACCACGACUGGAAGACCGAGCACAUGUACUUGAGCCGAUACUCCGUCGAGAAAAUGCUCGCGUUCGAAGAAUACCAGCAAGUUGCGAGUCCAGGACGCGUGUUCGCCGUCAUCGCUCUCACGCCACUGCCUGGUCUUCUCAUCAUGAUCCUGUUGGCAGCUAUUCCGCUGCAAAGCCCCCUUCUUGGACUGACGGGGAACCCUGGCUUCUUCGUUCAGUCGUGGCUCGCCUACACGACCGUGACUCUGGCGCUGAUGUUCUUCAACCGAGCCUCUCUCAUGUUGCCCAAUUCUGCGUACUCCCACAAGCAGUGCUUUAUCGUCGCGUUCCUCACUGCGGGCUUAAACGAGCUGGCGAUGCUCGUCUUGGGCGCAUUGUGGAGGUUCCCCAUCCCGUUCCGUUGCCUUCUAGGCAUUCCGACGUACGCUAUGAGCCUGCUCUUCCUCCACCGCGUGGUGAUCAGCAGGAAGUGGCUGUAUUAUCGAGACGAGAUCGUCGAGUACCUCCCGCUCUUCUGCGCCCAGGCAUCCACGCUCUUCAACUUCGAAGGUGUGACUCUGGUCUUCGCGCACGUCCCCGCGCACGUGCAAGCUGUGAUCACCGUCGCGUUCCCCGUCCUGCGCGCUGUGAUCAAGCGCUUCAUCUGGCGCUUCUCCCGCUGCCUCGAAGACAUCAGCCUGGACGUAACGCUGUGCGUCAUGGAAAUCUUCGGGUCGCUCUUCCAGAACGCGUGUCUUCAGAGCGCACGGUCACCGGUAAUCGGUGGCCUCAUGAUCGUCGUAGACUUCGUCCAGGCCAUGGUGGAAGUCAAGAUGUACGUGGCGCACAAGUUCGUCGUCGACGGGCGCCAGACCACGAAGACGGCAGUCAGAAUCAUCGAAGGAGCGCUGUUCCCGGGGGCUCUCAGCUCCAGUAAAGCGCGCGGUCUCGCCAAACUCGACCCGAAGCAAGCGGUUAUGGGCGUGUCCCGCAAAGGGAGCUCCGUGCUGCUGAACCCGUCCGACGUUUUCGCCAAGCCCGAGAAACUCAACGUUAACAACUCCAGAAGGAUGUCCAGGAUCGCGUGUCUGACCAACGGCUCGCAGAACAUGCUGGACCUCGACACGAUUGAGCCCGACUUAACCGCCAAAUCCACUCGUGAACAAGCUGCACCCCCAGAAGCCAAGUGA